AUGACAGAUGUCGACCUGCAUGAGAAGGGGCACGCCCAUGAUGUGGAGAAGGGCAAGGAUCAUGAUCAUGCUCACGGACACGGUCAUGUUGAUAUCAACGAUCCCAACAGACCGAGAUACGGUUUCAAGCAGCGGUUACAUCACUUCACAUGGGCGUGGUUCACCACGUCCAUGAGUACGGGAGGUCUCGCGCUUCUCAUUUUUGCUCAGCCUUUCCAGUUCCCCGGUCUUCGACAGAUCGGCCUCGCCGUGUACAUCAUCAACAUCAUCAUCUUCACCAUUCUCAAUGCCUGUUUAAUAGCUCGUUUCAUCAUCCACACCGGCGACCUCACCGCUUCGAUCACACACCCUCGCGAGGGCUUCUUUGUCCCGACCUACUUUCUUUCCCUGGCCACGCUCAUCACCAGCACUCAACGAUAUGCCAUUCCUGAUAACGACACCAACCUCGUCUGGGCAAUCAAGACCGCCUUCUGGGGAUAUGUCACCAUCAGUCUCCUCCUGGCUAUCGGGCAGUUCAGCUACGUUUUCUCUGCACACAGCUUCGGCCUCCACACCAUGAUGCCGACCUGGAUUCUGCCAAUCUUCCCCAUCAUGCUGUCGGGCACCAUCGCCUCCGUCAUCGCCGAGACGCAGCCUGCCAUCGACGCUCUUCCAAUCAUAGUCGCAGGUCUCACUUGCCAAGGUCUCGGUAUCUCGGUGGCAUUCAUGAUGUACGCACACAUGAUUGGACGUUUGAUGCAAGCUGGUCUUCCCAACAGAGAGCAUCGCCCUGGUCUGUACAUGAACGUCGGCCCGCCUGCCUUCACGGCCCUCGCCCUCAUCGGCAUGGCCAACGGCCUGCCCGACGAGUUCGACAUGCAAGUCGCGGGCAUCAGCGCGAAGCCCCUGAUCCAAGUCUGGGCCCUGGUCGCUGCCAUCUUCCUCUGGGCUCUGGCCCUGUGGUGGUUCGGUGUCGCCACUGUCGCGGUGAUCCGCUCUCCCCCCAAGUACUUCCACCUGGGCUGGUGGGCCAUGGUCUUCCCCAACACGGGCUGGGUCCUGGCCACCAUCACGAUCGGCAAGGCCCUGGGCAACGACGGCGUGCUGUACGUCGCCACGGGCAUGUCGGUCGUCCUGCUCAUCAUGUUCUUCUUUGUCGGGUACCACCUCAUCCGUGCCGUCAAGAUCCAGGACAUCAUGUACCCCGGCCGCGACGAGGAUGUUAAUGACCACUGA